AUGAACUGCGGAAGAAGGUCGGCUGUCGACGACGUUCGAAGCCGUAGAACAAGGGCGGGAGACGAAGAUCCACGCCGAAUAAGAUGGGUGGUCGACGAAGAUCGCCACCGAAGAAGAUGGGCGAUCGACGAUGAUCGAAGCCGAAGAAGACGGGAGAUCGAUGACUAUCCGCCUCUCGAGCUUCCACUCCAAUGGCGUGAUCCGCCGCCGGAAUACCCUCCCCUAGAACUUCCACUCAAAUGGAGAGAUCCGCCGCGGGCUGUCGACCGUGAUCGACGCCGUAAAGCCCUUCCAAUGGCUCAAGUGGAAGCUUCGCUUGCUCGGAUUGAUGCUUUAUUUGAUGAUUUCAAUCGUUCUUUAGAACGACCAUCUACUCACACACGCUCUCAAAGAUCGAUUCUGCUUCCAUUUCUUCCCUCAAUCCAACCCAGCACCCGCCACCGGAACCCGCCACCGGAACCCGCGACCAUUCCCGCUCUCCAUCUCGAUUUUGCUCUCGUAACCACGGCCCGAGUAGAUCCACAACUCAAUGCUGAUUCCGACUCCGUCGAUGAUAUUAACAUCGUUGAGGGAGAGCAACUUGCUAGACAUCCUCCAACCCUCCAGCACGAUUCGGGCCCCAACAUCACUCCGCUCCCGCUCCCGCUUCCGCUCCGUUCCUGCAUCACCAGUGUCAAUGAUUUUGCAGACAACAAUGAAAAUCCUGCUCAUCCAAAAUCCACGGAACCCCUAACUCGUUACUGGACGUCAAUCGGCUCAUACGGUAGAAUUGUUCGUUUCCUGGAAGCAAAUAUCGACGAUCUCUUAGAUCAGCGCUUGCGUUCCACCACUAUUGAGAAAGUAACUCAGGAAGGAAACGAAGAUAACCCUGAUAUCGUGAAACUGAUCCUCACAAAGAGCAAUCCUCACUUCAUUUGUGACGCUCAAGUUCUUGUUAAAUCCUUUACAGAGAAGGGAAAAGUCCUAAACAAGAAGCAGCAUGGUGAUAGGGGAGAUUUCUCUGGUUGUGCAACUCUAAGGCUGGAUUCCGGAGACCCCUAUAACCUUCAGCAACUCGUGGAAAGAAUGCUUUACUUGAGCAUCAACCAGGAUAUUCAUCUUCAUAGUCUGCUUCGAGAACAAAGAGAGCUUCAGCACAGUGGGUCCAUGGGUCUCAAGUUUCUUGAUCUUCCAAUGUUCAACCGGUAUAUAAUGCAAAAUGAAGGAAAGCUGUUUCAAUCUAGCUAUCCUAAGUCUUUUGGAGAUCUUGUUGGGAAGAAUGGGGUGAUUAUAGUUCAUGGUGAGCAGCAGAAGAGACUUCAUGCAAUUGUGGAUGUUCGCAGCAAAAGGGUGGCAAUCAAUUUGAUGAUUAAUCAAUUGAUGGGAGUGUCAUCUGCGUCUGAAAUCAAAGAGAUGGCAUGUAAGUUUUCUGAUUUUUUAGAUGGUUGCAUAUAUGUCCCAAUUAAUUUGGGGGGAUUUACAUAUCACACUGCUAUGAAGGAAAGGAAAGGCAUCAUUGCAAAAUUCAAGAAUAUAAUAGCUAAUGGGCAGCAGCAAGGUGGAUCUAUAGAAAGAAGCGGAGUUCUUGGUAGCCUGGUGGAGGAAGAGAACUUGAAUGAUAAUCCAAUAGCUGAUUUCAUCUUAAACUUGCAAAGUGGUUCUGAAGCCCAGACCCAGACAUUCGCAAAUAAUCUGAUUUCUUCUAAUUUGCUUACUUUGUGCUUCGCUUAUUUGGGUCUAUUUCCAACUGAUCAGAUGAGAUCAAAUGUGUAUUUGAUUCUUGAUCGAGCUUUUGGUCCUAGCUUUGGGCAACCCAUGCGAGAUGUUUUUUUUUACCUCCCAGUGGAUCUUCUUGAUUUGCUAUUUUUUUUGGGACAGAAAAGCUCUAUUGAUCCUCAACUAGCUUUGUGCCAAUGUGCUUCACUAUUGUUCUUAUAUGUUAGCUCGCACUUAGGUGAAGGGUUUGCUGAUGAUACUCCAGUUUUGGCUUCAUUAGAGCAAUAUAUUCUUGUUAAUAGCAACUAUUUAUUUUGUAUGACUGGAGAUUCGUUAAUGUUGGCUCAAUCGGUGCAUCUCUAUGGACUUCACCGAGGUUUCCAAAGGAAUGCGAAGAUGUCAUAUAGUCCAGAAACUGAGAAAACAUUGCUUAAUUUACUAGCCAUAGAUGAUCUGGAAUUAUUCUCCUUUUGCAUACAUCCAAUGGCAUUGAAAUGGCUUUUCCAGCAAGAAAGAAUUAUGACUUACUUGUCUAACCAGAUCUUGAAGUUUUGUAGGCUCUCUAGAGCAAAUGAGUCCCAGCUUAUUGUCUAUCCAUAUGGAAGCCAAACAAUGAAGAUGCAACUGAUUUCAGCACUGGUGGUAUCUGGAGAUAAUUACGUUGCACAACUGCUGGUGUCACUUAUGAUAGAACUUCAGGGAGAUGGUGGUGAAGAUGACAUGAUAUGUGUAUUGAAUACAAUGACCGAAAUACUAAGCUUGCUCUUUGCUGGAAAUAUAACUUUUUCAAGUCUCCAACCUGAUUGGUUUACCAUUGGUAGCUUGCUUCUAGCUUUUACUCAUCCAAAUAAGUUUGUGGAUAUAUACCAAAGCUGUAAAAUCUUCGAUCCAGGAGGGUUACUCAUGAUUAUUACACCUAUCUCCUUCUAAAUGACAUGACUCGACGGAGUCGAAUCUCC